CAGGGUUGGUCUUCUUGUGGAAGGUUCUCUUGUGGUCGAGCUCCUACUGCAUGUGGGGAGGAGGGUCCAGCGCGACCCAAGAGAUCCGCGUGGACCACCAAAGGCUUCUGUGGUGGGAGGGCACGCCGGUCCCGGCCAGGCCCGUGCUGGGCGCAGGCUCGGUGGAGGCUUCCCCCCCGGCUGUGGGCCAGGGAGGCACACGGCACACCGAUCCUGGGCCGCGAGCCUGGCCAGCGUCGGUGCAGAUGCACACGUCGAUCACCGUGGGUCCAUCACCGCGGGCGGGGACAGAGUUGGGAGGCCGAGGUGGGCUAUACCUGGCCAAACCUAGCCUGCAAAAGCGGGCUUCAAGUGCCCUAGGUGGCGUAGGGGAGGGUAGAUCCAGGUUCAGCGGGCGGAGCCCACUUCGCGAGUGUUUCCUACCACCCUGAAACACUUAGGGCAUGUGUGACCCACUUGUGAGAUAGACUAGGCCAGGCAUAACCCACCUUAGAAUCCACUUCUAGCUCCACUGUCCCCUCAGCGAUCCCUCGGUGAUCCAAGUAACGCUCGCUGCCCGACGUUACUGUCGUCUGCCUCACGUCCAGGCGAGCCUUCCACCUCCUCACCGGCUGCUCCGACGCGCGGGUGGAGGAGGUCUUCCGCGGCCCGCCGCCCGCGGAGCUCUGGAAGCUGCUGGAGCGGCGCGAGUUCCCGAGCCUCACGCACCGCGCCUGCGCCGAGGCCCGCCACGAGGUGCUGCCCGUGCCGCAGCGGCAGGUGGGGCGCGUGCUGGGCAAGGGCGGCGACCGCGCGCGGCAGAUGCGGGAGAUCCCCGGCCUCACCAGGCUGAGGGUGGAAGACUCGUCUUCGCCCGACGGCGAGGCAGAGUUCCACAUCUCGGGGUCGCCGGAGGCGGUGGAGGCCUGCCUGCAGCAGAUCAGGGCCUGCCUGGACGAGCCCCGGAGGCCGGCGGAGGCGGCGCGAGCCCGUCCCCGGAGGCCGGCCGAGCCGGCCUCGCUCUACCCAGCGAGGGGCGGCUCUGGCGGCGACGCGCGCGGCGACCCAGACUACGACAGGAGCGGCGCCUUGCUCAGGAAGGGCGGCGGGAAGGCCGACCCCUCCAGGGGCACAGACAACGACAGAGGGGGCCGCGCUGCGCCCAGCAGCGGCCCCUCCAGGAAGGGCGGCGGGAAGGCCGACUCCUCCUGGGACGCGGACUACGAUAGGGGUGGCCGCGCCGUGCCCAGCAGCAGAGGCUCCGACCGUCCCCGCGGGGGCGACGCAGGUGAGCCGCCGCCCAGUGCGCUGGGGCUGGGCGACAGGCUCGCUUGGGACCGGCGCGGGGCGGCCGCGCCUGGGGCCUCAUGGGGCGCCGGCGGGGCGCGGGGCAACGGGUGGAGCGGCGCAGGCCAGUGGGGCGAGGCAGGCGGCUGGGAGAGCUGGCGCUCGGGCGGCUGGUGGGGCGGCGGCGCGGGCUGGUGGGAGUCGCCCGGCGGCGAGCAGCGAGGCGACCGGGCGGCUGGCGGCGGCGCCGCGGAAGCGCCGAGGAGGUGGCGGCCCGGCGCCGGCGCCGGCCAGCGAGGGACGCCAUCCCAGCGGCAUCAGUAGCGGCUGCCAUGCCUACA